AUGUUACCUUUAGCUAUGGAUUGGAUUUUCAAAAUCAGAAUAAACACAUGCAAAUUGAUUCAGCGUCUGCUGGUGAUUAAAACAGGAUGCCUGCCUGAAGUUCAAGGGCAGAACAAGACAUGUGAUUUGGCAAAGGAAUUUGCAAUGCAUUUUAAACUGAUUGUGGAAAAUCCAGAAAAACCUGUUGCAUCUGGACUUAAAGUUACAGCUGUUGUGGAAUAUUAUCCUGACAGUGAGGAAGAUCUUCACGAUAGACUACUACUUUUGAUAGAAGAAGACAUAGUUGAUAUCCCCCUACUUGGAUUAAUUCCAUGCUGUUAUCUGGAAAUUGAGCCUGAGAUUAAUUUUGGUACAGUGAUUGCAAACAGUAAAUUAAUUAGUAAAGAGAUUAGCAUUGCUAACCAUGGAUCAUCUCCAGGUACAUUUAAAAUAUCAUAUGAUGGGGUUAUCCUGAUUAACAUAGAACCUACCAGCGGAGUAGUAGAGCCAAAAACUGAAAAGAUGAUUAAAGUGGGUAUCUGUACAGAUGUACCGAGAAUCAUCAAAGAAGUGAUAAAAGUGGAGCUAGAAGGACGCAACUGCACUGAGUUAUGGAUCAAAGCUGUUGUGGUUGAGCAAGUUCUUAAAGUUCUACGGGUGCCUUGUGGAAGUGAAUUGAAAUGCAUUCAUUUUGGAUCUGUUUACUUUGGGUCUUCAAAGACUGAACAAGUAGCUCUGUACAAUAAAAGUCCAGAUUGUAUGAACUGGGUAGCGGUACUGGAGGACAAUGCCAUUGGAGGAGAAAUGGGGACAGAUCUUCAGAAGAGUGCAGAUGCUGUUUUACAAGACUUAAACUUCAUAAAUAGUACAAGAGAUCUAGAUGUUUCCACCUUGAUCUUGUGCAUUCCCAAUCAAGGAACCUUGCUACCUUAUCAGAAAUCUGUGAUUACAUUGUGCUUUAGUCCAACGUAAGUGGGCAUUGGACUGAGUGAUUCAUCAGCAAAACAAGAUUAUGUUCUAUUCAUGAGAUUUGAGGCUGUUGGGAGUAAAGAUGGCUUUCUGCAGACCCUUGGUGACGACGAUACACCAGUCAGAAUGAAUCACCCUCAUCACAUGGAGUUAGCUCUGACCGGUUCUGGGCUUCCUGUCAUGCUAACUUUCAAUCCAGGACCAGUUAUUAAUUUUAUGGACUGUUUCUUGGGCGAACAAUCAGAAGUUCUGUGCAGACUUAGGAAUGAAUCUGAGUCACUUCCAAUAACAUUCAGCUUUCGCAAGAUUGCCCACUUUAAUAUUUCUCCUGAAAAAGGAAAAAUUAAAAAACACUCUACAAAGGUGAUGUUUUCAUUUUCUCCACAUCAAAUAGGAGUAUUUAAAAUGAAGCAAGUUGUUGAUAUCAUUGGUACAGGGCUAGAGGACAAAAAUAUACAGGUCUUGAAGACAAAAUCGUUUCACCAGAUGCAUUUGAGAUUUAUUGGUGUGUGCAAAUCUAAAACAAAAAACAUUCUAUUCAAAAUAAAUCCUGGCAUAACACCAAUGAUUUCCAAUCCAACUGGACAGUUUGUACCUGAUGACAUGGGACAGUGCACUGAUAUUGCACCUAUGGCAAUACUAAAAUCAACCCAAACACAAAUUCAUACUCACCGGAUAAGCAGGAAUUGUAAGAGUGAUGCGCUUAUAGCUUUUCCUAAUGACCGCUCAGCCAGCAUUAGACCUAGUGAACGGCAUAAAAAGUACAGGACUAUUUUCACAAAGACUGAGAGAUACAAUUAUGUAGAUCCACAGUUUUCUUAUACUGACUGUGAACGACUACAAAAAGAAUCACAUAAGGAAUAUUAUGCAGAUUACAUUUAUAAUUUGAGACAGCAUCGCUUACAGAAAGAUGCCAGUAGACAGUUUAAUGCUUAUAAUAAUUCUGUGAACAUAGGCCUUAAACCAGCAGAAGGGCUUAUAUCACCAAAGAUCUCCAUCACAGAUUUUCACAAGGAGGAGCUGCAGCUCAAAAUGUUGCCUUUCGAUGAGACUUGCCUAUUGACUAGUCGCAAGUUGGAAGCAAUUGGUUCUAAACCCUCAGCCAAAGAAAUUUUGGAUGGGCUUAGUGCUGUGCCAACUUCUGCCCAAGAGAAGGAAGACUGCAGUUUAACUUUGACACCAAAACAGCUUCAUCAGAUACUCAUUGGUCCUUCUACUAUGAACUUUGGUGAUGUCUGUGUGUACUCAACAUCUGUCAGAAGACUGCAUAUCAUCAAUAACUUGUUGGUUCAUAUAUGGGUACAAAUUGAGAUUGAAGCUGAUGAGUUACAGCAAACGAGUCCAUUGUCUCAGGUGGUGCCUCCUCUUUCAAAGACUUAUAUUCCAAUAGUAUUUGAGACAAACACACUUGGGAUUUUUCAGAAGUCUUUCACUUACACAAUAAACAACAAACACCCUGGGCACAUGCUGGUAACUGCAAAAGCAGUGUCUGUUGAACUUGAGCUGUCUGCAAAAGAGCUCAUUCUAAAUCCUAUUCCUGGCUAUCUAGCAGAGACAGAAUUUCGAACAACUGUCACGGUGUACAAUCGCAGAAACUAUUCUGCUGAGUUUUCUUGGAAACCUAUAAUUACAGAUGAAAGAACUUCAUUUUCGAUACGACCAGCCAAAGGCUUUGUGGACGCAUAUAGAGAUCUGGAAUGUGAAGUUGUUUGGCAUCCAGCGUUCCACUCUCCAGAAGCAGGAGAAUUCAACCUGUGUGUACAUCAGGGAAACACAAUCAAGUUGAAAUGUUUCGCGAAGCUUGGUCCUACCAAUGUUCAGUUUAUGCAACAAAGGAUACACUUCAAUCAUACUCCUAUGGGUUUAUGUACUUGUAAGACAGCCAUUCUUCAAAACACAGGAUACAAUCAUGCAUACUUCCAGGUUCUUGAUUCAAAUCCACUGCCUGGAAUGAUAAUCACACCUCCUGAAGGGGUAAUACCUGUGGGAGGCCAUGCUGAUCUCAAAAUCAGUUUCACACCAAAUGCAAAAAUGAAUUUUGAUACAAGAGUGGAGGAAAGUCAUCUCAGAGAAGGUUUUACUGGUAAAUUUGAUUUGAUAAUAGAAGUGCAAUAA